AUGAGCACCCCUUCUCUCUCCAGCUUCAUCGUCAAGCGCCCCUGGUUGCGCGGGUGGUUCCAGCCGCUCUCCAACUGGUACACCGACCUCGCCGGCUACCGCAAGCUCGGCCUGAGAGCCGACGACCUGAUCCCCGAGGAGUCUGAGACUGUUCAGCUGGCUCUCAAGCGCCUCCCCCCCAAGGAGGCCUACGACCGUGUCUUCCGCAUGCGCCGCGCUUUCCAGUGCUCGCUGGCGCACCAGCUUCUGCCCAAGGAGCAGCAGACCAAGCCCGAGGAGGACACUCCCUACCUGAGCCCCAUCAUCGCCGAGAUCGAGGCCGAGAUCAAGGAGCGUGAGGAUCUGGAGGCCAUGGUCGUCAAGAAGCCGGCGAAGAGGUCGUAG